AUGGAGGGGGUUAGUAAUGACGAUAUUUUUUGUUGGUGUAGCGAGAAGAAGAUCGAUGUCGAAUGUAGCUUCGGAAUAAGCGGAAAUUUGACCAGCGCCAGUGAAGACAGCAUAAUUACUGCUGUAAAAUUUCUUUAUGGAGUUAGUGAGCCGAGUCUUGUGGACCGAUGGAAAGGGUCCCAGGGUAAUAUUACGGCUGUUUUAAUUACAAACAAGAACCCACUAGACCCGACCUUGCUCCCCAGCAUGGUGGUAGUUGAUGGAGUUCCGGGGUGGAAAGUUCAUUUGAUAUGCCCUGAAAGGAAAGAUAGUGGAGAAGAUGAUUGUCCCACCAGUGAGGAACAGGGAACAGGAGAGCCCCAGCCUAGAUGCUGUUUCAACGCUACCAGUAAUGACACAGGGACCACCACCCAUAGUGGGGAAGUUGUGGAUAAUCAGGUGGAAACCGUCGUGGGCAAGAUGGUUAGUCAGUUAGAAUGGUGGCAUUUCGAGGGAGGAUAUCGUCGCCUUAGAAUCUUCUCGGGAAUCAUCCCAGUGCCAGCUGGAGAAGAGACCUACGAGCUCUGGAGGGAGGCCGCCACACAACAUUCCGAAGAAUGGCAAUGCCCGGAACAUAUUAAACGGCAGCGGGUGGUUGAAAGUCUCAGAGGGCCAGCUAUGGGAGUUAUUCAAGCUACCCGGAGGAGCAAUCCUAAGGCUACGUUGAAAGAAUACAUAGAGGCACUAGAUUUCUCCUUUGGCACUUUGGAGGACGUAGGUGACUUAAUGGCGAGACUCAACCAUACCUACCAGGAGCCUGGAGAGAACUUGACACAUUAUGUAUUUAGAGUUGAUAGGUUAAUUUACAAAAUUGUCGACAAAGGGGGUAUUGAAAAGGAUGCGGUGGACCAAAGAAGACUGAUCCAGGUGCUAAAAGGGGCAUUAACCAGUAGUACUGUAGCCCAACGGCUUAGAUGUACCAUGAACACCAAUCAGCCUCCAUCACUGAAUGAGUUGGUACGAGAAGUGAAGCUGGAGGAGGUACAAAUCGAGAACAGGGAAAGAACCAUAAAAAAGGUCAAAGUAGUUUUGCCAGUUACUGAGCAACCCUCUAUUGAUGAAAGGUUGGUGAAGUUAAUAGAGGAGCAAAAUAAAACAAUUGAGCAGCUUAUAGCGCUCCAGACUAAUCCCCCUUAUAGUCAAGGAGUGAAUUCUGAAUUUGGGAGGGGAAUAAGAAGGGACAAUAGAUUCCCCAUCAUCUGCUAUAGUUGUGGACAAUCGGGUCAUCGGUCAUUUGAGUGUCCACUGUAUGGAAACAGCAGGAGAGGAAGUGGUAAUAAUCCUGGUUAUCGGAGAAGAUCCUCCCCACCGUAA